AUGAUCCAGAAGCGAACUAGAGUGAUGUCAGGUCGAGAUGAGAUGUUUGACGGGGUAUCUGUCCUCUUUUACACGCGUAUUGUAGUACUUCACGCUGAUGUACAUCGGUAUAAGUUUCCCUUCGACUCGACGGCUAACCAGCCCCAUCUCUUCCUCGUUCUUUUGGACAAGAAUCUGGCCGUCGCCGUUCAUCGGCAUUAUUCCCUCGCGUUAUAUCAAAUCGAAUCGCGCAAUGGCGGCGAUAAACAACAAUUAGGCGAGAACAGCAGAUGA